AUGUCAACAUCCUCUAGCAAGACCUCAAUAAACAUAAACCUCAACCACCUCGAGGGUAACUGUCUACGUCACCCGGUACUCACAGACCCCGCUGAAGCCAUCAUCACCGCUCGCUUCAACCACGGUUUCAACCCAGACUUUCCCAUAUUACCCCUAUGCAUGCACUCGAAAGACAGGGAUGUGAACAAGACGCCAACGGAGCUCAGUAGAGAUGACACCAACAAGGGUUCCAGUUUCUAUUCCGAGGGGUGGGAAUGGAAUAAAGAUGGGGAGGUUAGUUGGGCGGUACUCUCCGGCUGGUGCCCAGCGUGCAAAAAAGAGUACGAGGAAGAUUUUCUCGAAGGUAAUUCGCGCGUAUUUUACAUCACGGCUAUGCUGCGUCGACACUGGAUAAUGGUAGGGGAAGAGAAUAGAACGCCACGGGGAAGAGAGGAAGCAAUGGAAGUAAUCAGACAAGCCAGAUCGAGAGUUGACAGCGAAUACUACGAUGAGGUUCGAAUUUAUAAUAUUGCCAAAACGAGAGUUUACACAUGA